AUGAUACGUGAGACAAAGUACCAAAACUCUCAAAACGCUAUCAGUCAACUUCGUCAAGACCUGACAUCUCGCAUGCAGGAGAAGGAGGAAGAACUUGAGAGUCUUAAACGCUCAAGCCACCGCACCAUUGAGGACUUAAACGGAGUGCUCAAAGACCUGGAGUCAAAGCACCGAUCCGAGGCUGCGCGUUGGAAAAAGAAGAUGGAGGCGACAAUUGGAGACAUGGAACACGAACUGGCGGUGGAGCGUGAAGCUAAAGAAGCGGCAGAGAAAGCUGUACAGGAGGCAGAGGACCGCUACAAUCAACUAGCUAUAGAAUUCGACGACGUAAACCACACCAUGGAGGAGAUGAGGUCUGCCCUCCAGCUCAGUGAAAGCCGCCGGCAGACGGUAUCAGAGGAGCUCGAAAUGCUUCGGGUACAGCUGGAGGCAUCCGAGCGAAGUCGCCGAAAAGCCGAGUCAGAGACUCAAGAAAUAACCAAUCGAGUGUCUGAACUGAAUGCGCAGGGUAAUGAGGAGCGCAUUGCGAAGCUACUGCUUGAUGUGUCUCGACUGACGGCUGACUUACAGGCGGAGCAAGACCUUGCACGCCGAGCUGAUGCGGGAAAACGCCAAUUGGAGACGGACCUUCGUGAUGCUAAUAACCGUCUAAAAGCUGCAGAGCAGGCAUGCGAGGACGCCGAGAAGGACUCCAAUAGGAAAAUCAGUGGAAUGGAGGCACGAAUUCGUGACGCAGAAAUGACCGCUGAAGCAGAAGCUAAACGUGUUAGGGAGCUCACUGCUCACCUUAGAAAGGUGGAACGUGCCCACAAGGAGGUUAGUCAAGCCAUUGAAGAGGAGCGUUCACUGGCGGCGCAGAUGAAGGAAUUGAUGGAAAGAAGCCAGGGUAAACUUAAAAGCAUGCGCCGUCAAGUGGAAGAAGCGGAGGCUGUGGCCGCAGCUGCAAACAUGAAGUUGCGCAAGGCCCAGGAGCAGCUGGAGGAGGCAGAACUGCGUGCUUCAAUGGCGGAGCGCCGCGCCAGCCUACAAGCGGAGGCUGCACGAGAGAAACAGACAACACUCAUACCUCGAAUGCGAUCAACCUCGUUUGUGCGCGAGGGAUCCACCUUCAGUGCCACCGACUAUACGCCCCGCCGCUCACGCCGCACUCCUGCUUUUCGCAGUGUAGAAAGCGAGGAGCGUGAUAUCAUCAAUGGAGUUGCCGACUAG